ACGACUGCAGCUCCAACAACAACAACACCGACUCCAACAACCACAACAGCAACAACCACAACAGCCGCACCAACAACCACGACUGCAGCUCCGACAACCACAACAGCGGCACCAACAACCACAACAGCAGCACAAACAACCACAACAACCGAGGCAACAACCACGACUGCAUCUCCAACAACCACAACACUGACUCCAACAACCACAACAGCAACAACCACAACAGCCGCACCAACAACCACGACUGCAGCUCCAACAACCACAACAGCCGCACCAACAACCACGACUGCAGCUCCAACAACCACAACAGCCGCACCAACAUCCACUACUGCAUCUCCCUCAACCACAACAGCGGCACCAACAACCACAACAGCAGCACAAACAACCACAACAGCAUCACCAACAACCACAUCAGCGUCAGCAACCACCACAACAGCAGCACCAACAACCACAACAGCCGAGACAACAACCACGACUGCAUCUCCAACAACCACAACACCGACUCCAACAACCACAACAGCAACAACCACAACAGCCGCACCAACAACCACGACUGCAUCUCCAAUAACCACAACAGCCGAGGCAACAACCACGACUGCAUCUCCAACAACCACAACAGCCGCACCAACAUCCACAACAGCCGAGGUAACAACCACGACUGCAGCUCCAACAACAACAACACCGACUCCAACAACCACAACAGCCGCACCAACAACCACGACUGCAGCUCCAACAACCACAACAGCCGAAACAACGGCACCAACAACCACAACAGCAUCACCAACAACCACAACAGCCGAGGCAACAACCACGACUGCAUCUCCAACAACCACAACACCGACUCCAACAACCACAACAGCAACAACCACAACAGCCGCACCAACAACCACGACUGCAUCUCCAACAACCACAACAGCCGCACCAACAUCCACAACAGCCGAGGCAACAACCACGACUGCAGCUCCAACAACAACAACACCGACUCCAACAACCACAACAGCAACAACCACAACAGCCGCACCAACAACCAUGACUGCAGCUCCAACAACCACAACAGCCGCAACAACAUCCACUACUGCAUCUCCCACAACCACAACAGCGGCACCAACAACCACAACAGCAGCACCAACAACCACAACAGCAACCACGACUGCAGCUCCAACAACCACAACAGCCGCAACAACAUCCACUACUGCAUCUCCCACAACCACAACAGCAGCACAAACAACCACAACAGCAGCACAAACAACCACAACAGCAUCACCAACAACCACAUCAGCGUCAGCAACAACCACGACUGCAGCUCCAACAACAACAACAGCCGCACCAACAACCACAACAGCCGAGGCAAUAACCACGACUGCAUCUCCAACAACCACAACACCGGCUCCAACAACCACAACAGCGGCACCAACAACCACAACAGCGGCACCAACAACCACAACAGCAUCACCAACAACCACAACAGCCGAGGCAACAACCACGACUGCAUCUCCAACAACCACAACACCGACUCCAACAACCACAACAGCAACAACCACAACAGCCGCACCAACAACCACGACUGCAUCUCCAACAACCACAACAGCCGCACCAACAUCCACAACAGCCGAGGCAACAACCACGACUGCAGCUCCAACAACAACAACACCGACUCCAACAACC